UGAAUGUGGUUACAAGUUGCUAAGUAUUUGCCUAUCAAACAAAGCUUCAAUAAUCACCAAUAAAUUUAUUUUCUUUUAUAAUAUCAUCAAUCAUAUUUAUAUCUUACUUGUGAACGUAUUCUAAAUUUUUUAUAUCCCUUAUUAAAUUCUGUAGCCUGCUGUGGCAAAACCUCUGGUAACCCCACAUCCUCUGCCACUUUCAUGGCUACCUUACCCAUUUAUACAGAAAGUCUUAGAUCUUGAACUUGUAUUUGCUUACAAAAAGAUGAGUUCUUUGCAGAACCUGGAAAUGGGGUUGUGCUUACUGGUGUGCAUCAUUAGCUGCAGCUUCAUUUAUGCGAGUUCACAAAGUGCUGUGGCUGGAAACGAUAAUAGCAGUGUUAGUGAAGGAACUGUUUUCAUUGAUGGAAAAACUUCCAUUGGAAAGAUUGAUGAAGAUUUCAUUUGUGCCACCUUGGAUUGGUGGCCACCUGAGAAAUGUGAUUAUGGGACAUGCAGCUGGGACCAGGCUUCUCUCAUUAAUCUGGAUCUCAACAACAACAUCUUGUUAAAUGCCAUAAAGGCUUUUUCACCAUUGAAAAUCAGAUUAGGAGGCACUUUGCAAGAUAAGGUCAUUUACGACACUGAAGAUAAUAAGCAACCUUGUGUUCAAUUUGUUAAAAACACCAGUGAGAUGUUUGGUUUCACUCAAGGUUGCUUGCCCAUGUAUAGAUGGGAUGAGCUAAAUGCCUUUUUCAAGAAAUCUGGGGCUGAAAUUAUAUUUGGGUUAAAUGCUCUCGCUGGCCGGUCCAUAACAUCUGAUGGUUCUGCAGUAGGAGCUUGGAACUACACCAAUGCAGAAUCGUUUAUAAGCUAUACUGUCAAAAAGAACUACUCAAUUUAUGGCUGGGAGCUCGGAAAUGAAUUGAGUGGAAGUGGUGUUGGAACAAGAGUUGCAGCAGCUCAGUAUGCUUCUGAUACAAUUUCCCUGUAUAACACAGUGAAAAAGAUUUACAGCAGUAUUGAACCGAAACCACUAGUUAUAGCACCUGGAGGAUUCUUUGAUGCAAAUUGGUUCAAAGAGUUUGUAGAUAAAACAGGCAAUUCUGUAAAUGCGAUCACCCACCACAUAUACAAUCUUGGUCCAGGGGUUGAUACACAUCUCAUCGGAAAGAUCCUUGACCCAUCCUAUCUUGAUGGUGAGGCUGAUACAUUCCAUAGCCUCCAAAGCACCAUCAAGAGUUCUGCAACUUCAGCAGUUGCAUGGGUUGGUGAAUCAGGUGGGGCUUACAACAGUGGCCGUAACCUUGUUACCAAUGCGUUCGUGUUUAGUUUCUGGUACUUGGAUCAGCUUGGGAUGGCAUCAGCUUAUGAUACAAAAACAUACUGCAGACAGUCAUUGAUUGGUGGCAAUUAUGGUCUACUCAACACCACUACUUUUGUUCCAAAUCCGGAUUACUACAGUGCUCUUCUUUGGCACCGAUUAAUGGGAAGAAACGUUCUAUCAACCAGCUUUUCUGGAACGAAAAAGAUACGUGCUUAUACUCAUUGCGCGAAACAAUCCAAAGGGAUCACAUUACUACUAAUCAACCUUGACAAUAGCACAACUGUUGAAGUCACUGUAACAUUCAACAGUACUUGGAGAUUGCACCAGAAACACAAGCCUCACAGGUCUCACAAGCUCCACAAACCUCACAGGUCUCAUAGGUCUCACAAGUCCCAUAAAUCAAAGGUCAUUCAGGUACCUCAACGGUCCACAAGUGGGAUAACAAGAGAGGAAUACCAUCUAACAGCUAAAGAUGGAGAUUUACACAGCCAAACAAUGCUACUUAAUGGGAACAUUUUAACUGUAAAUUCAUCUGGGGACAUCCCUUCCUUGGAGCCUUUACAUGUAAAUUCAUCUAAGCCAAUAAUGGUUGCUCCUUUCUCUAUUGUAUUCGUUCAAAUGCCAUAUGUUCUUCCUGCUUGCAGCUAGGUAGCAGCUCUACACGGAACUGAAAUUGGUUCCACGUAGUAAAUAGUGAUCCGCCAAAUAAGACAGAAUACAAGCACAUGUUACAUUCUUUCUUGGCGAAGAAUACAAUGACAAAUGUUUUUGGUAAA